AUGAGUAUUUGUACACAGGACUCAGCACUCAUCGAAAUAGCAGAUUUAUUGAUUGACCUAUUUGAUUGCCCGAAUAAGUGCGGCAGGAAAUAUAAAUUUAAGAUAGGACUUAAGAGUCAUUUAAAGUACGAAUGUGGAAGAACUAAGGAAACACAAGGAGAUCCCUUGCUCGAUAUGUUUGAUUGUCCAAAUAAUUGUGGUAGAAAGUAUAAGUAUAAGGCAGGCCUCGAGAGUCAUUUAAAAUACGAAUGUGGACAAGAAGAAUCUGGACUUGAAGAAGAAUCCGAUCAAGAAGAACAUUCUAGAGAUUCCUUGAAUGUUGGUAUGCUCAAGUGUCCUAAUAAGUGUGGUAAACGGUAUAAAUAUAAAUCAACACUUGUCAAUCAUGUGAAGUACGAAUGUAGACUAUCCGAAGAACGACUAGAACAAUUGAAGGAGCAAUUGAACGAAAGGUUCAUCUGUCCAAAUGAUUGUGGUUGUCACUAUAAACAUAAAUAUGAUCUCAACAGGCACUUGAACUACGAGUGUGGUCAUGCUAAAGGAUUCAAGUGUUCAUUGUGUCCUGCGGCGUUUUUUCGUAAAAGUCAUUUGAAAAGACAUACUUGGGAUGUACAUAAAAUAGUCUUAUGCGCGUAAAUUUAUUUUAAUCUAGUAUUUAAACGGAUUACCUACAGUAUUCUUGUAAGAUCGCUGCGAUUUUAUGUUUUUUCAUCUCAGAUUCAACAUUUUUAAUCUUUUACUUGUUUUUCUUCUUGCA